UGGCAUUGCGCAUGCUUAGUCACCUAUCGUCAGGAGAACAUGGCUCAGACUUUCUAUUUUUCUCGAAUUGGACUGUCUAAUUUACAAUUGCUCUACCCCUUCAGGGAAUAUCAGGCUGGAGCCUGGAUGGCUGGCGGACCUGUUGCCCUACAUUCGAUAGUGGUUAUUUUCUGGAAAAGGAUUUUACUUUCUGAGACAAUCUGAGAGCACUCCACUGUUCUGAUACUCUUCCGAAGAUUCUACGAUCAAGUCUAUACAUCAGAUCCACGGUUAUCCGAACCGGACUCGGCUAGCAGACGCUGAUCACUUCCACAACUUAGCUUUUUGGAUCUUAAAGUCGACGAGAACUUGAACCGACCGGUCUCUGCUUCGGGCAGCAGCCGAGAUUUUUUAUCUCUUUGAUCACAUCAACUGAGGAUUUGAGCACUAUUGAAGUAGUCGGCGGAUCCUCCCCGAUCGCAGCUAGUGAAAGUACAAUCUAAAAUGGCGAUUCAGAGACUUCAAACCUUCUAACACGAUGUCGGUUAGAUUGCUUUAUGUGGGACAUGAUUAUCAUGGUCAUUUUGGCUUU